AUGCUCACCGCAGCGAUGGGCGUCGAGCAUGCCCGUGGAACGAGCACGUGCUCGUCGACGCAGAGAGUUAGCCUUGGGAAGGUCUCUGAAUUUGAAGAAGCCAGCAUGAAGGAAGUAAAACUUGAAGGAGGUUCAGCCGUGUUAGUUCAUCGGCACCAGGGCGAAUUUUUUGUGACUUCGCCUGCUUGUUCCCACUAUGGCGCCCCCCUCCGGAAGGGUGUGAGCUCUUCUGGUGGGCGCGGGGGUGGGCCCACGGUCACGUGCCCCCUGCACGAUGCCAGCUUCGAUCUCAGGACAGGGGAGGUGGUGCGAGGGCCCAGUGUAGAUGGAAUUGCCGUCUACAAGUCUGAGGUGAAGGAUGGAACUGUUUUCGCCCAUGUUCCCUCCGAGAUUGCAACAGGUGGCAAGCAUCAAAGAGUCCUGAAGGCGAUGGCCAAGCGGAAGUCCAGCGACUCCCGCACCUUCGUUCUGCUGGGGGGUGGUUGUGCCUCGCUGGCUGCGGCAGAGACCUUGAGGCAGGAGGGCUUCACGGGGCGGAUCGUGAUGGUGACCAAGGAGAGCCACUUACCCUACGAUCGGGUGCAGUUGUCCAAGGCAUUGGACAAGCCAGUGGAUAAGCUCCUGCUCCGGCCGGCGUCGUUUUACAAAGAUUACGACAUUGAGGACGCAGUCCUGCAGGGUGCAACCGUGACCAAGCUGAACACUAAAGAGCAGACCAUCCAGUACACCAAGGACAACGUGCCUGAGCAGAUGAAGUAUGACAAAGUCCUAGUAGCAACAGGUGGAAGCCCGCGGAAGCUCUUCGUUCCAGGUUCGGAUCUGAAGAACAUCUUCACCUUGCGAACCCCGGAGGAUGCUGCACAGAUCGCUGCCUUGGCUCAGAAAGGCCAGAAGAUGAUCGUCGUGGGCGGCUCGUUCAUUGGGAUGGAAGUCGCGUCCUCUUUAGCGAAGAAGGGCUGCGAUGUGGCGGUGAUUGCCAUGGAGACCGUCCCCUUUGAGAGAGUCUUGGGGAAGAAGGUUGGGGCAUCCUUCGCCAGAAAACUACAGAAAGAAGGUGUGGAGUGGUUCGGCACCUCCCAAGUCCGCCUUUUCCGCGGGAACGAGACGGUGAAUGGUGUGGAGCUGGAGGACGGCGAGGUCCUGCCAGCCGAUGCAGUGGUGGUGGGUGCAGGGGUUUUGCCCAAUACGCGCUUCGUGGAGGGGCUGUCGUUGGACAAGAACGGUGCCAUCAUUGUGAACCCACUCUUGCAGGCCGAGAACUGCGAGAAUCUCUUCGCUGCUGGGGAUGUUUGCGCCUACCCCGCGGUGAAAACGGGGCAGCGCGUGCGGAUCGAACACUGGGAUGUGGCCAUGCAGCAGGGACGAACGGCUGCCAGCAACAUGCUGGGGAAGUUCCAGCCAUUCACGACGACGCCCUUCUUCUGGUCAGGUCUCUUUGGAAACCUGAACUUGCGGUUUGUGGGCCAUGCUCCUGAAGCUUUGGAUCGUGUCAUCAUUGAAGGUGACGUGAGCAAGAUGGAGUUCAUCUCCUACUAUACGGAGGACGACGAAAUCCGUGCUGUGGCGACCGUGAACCGCGAUCCCAUUGCAGUGGUUUGCGCAGAACUCAUGAAGCGGGGGCGCAUGCCGAGCGUCUCCGAGCUCAUGCUAGGCACAGUAAACGCUGAUGUCCUUACCCAGCGGUUGAAAGAUUUGGGCAUAGCUGGUGCAUAG